AAGUGGGCCACCAUAUCUAGGAGCUACAGUCUAUACUCGGAAACCCAAAAGAGAGGAUAAACAUUUAAAGACCGCCACCCCGGGACCUGAAGGAUGGACUUUUCUAUGGGUGCUGGAGCAGCAGCAUACAAUGAAAAAUCAGGUAGGAUUACCUCACUCUCACUCUUGUUUCAGAAAGUCUUUGCUCAGAUCUUUCCUCAGUGGAGAAAGGGGAAUACAGAAGGAGAAUGUCUCCCCUACAAGUGCGCAGAGACUGAUGCUCUUGGAGAAACCUAUGCUCAGCAAAUUCCCAUUAAUCACAAUAACUUCAAAAUUUUAAAAAACAAUGAGAGUCAGCUGCGUAAAGUCCUCCGGACUAAAUUUGACUGUGUCUCCACCUUGGUCUCUCCAGGCCUAGAAGGCAACAACAAAUCCCAGCAAGUGUUCAAAAAAGUGCUGUCUCCUGGACUAGAGUUAUCUGUCUGGAAGGGUGACCUCACCAGACAUGCUGUUGAUGUUGUGGUAAAUGCAGCCAAUGAAGACCUUGAACAUGGGGGAGGCCUGGCCCUGGCCCUGGUGAAAGCUGGUGGCCCUGAAAUCCAAGAAGAGAGCAGAAAAUAUGUUGCCAAUUAUGGUAAAAUACCAACUGGUGAGAUUGCUAUCACUGGAGCAGGGAGGCUUCCCUGCAAAAAGAUCAUUCAUGCUGUCGGGCCUCGGUGGAAGUCAUUCGAUCCACAAGGCUGUAUCAGUAAACUGCGGCUGGCCAUUUUGAAUAUUCUGGAUUAUAUCUGUGGCAGUAGAUGCAUUGAAACAGUAGCAAUUCCAGCCCUGAGCUCUGGGAUUUUCCAGUUUCCUCUGGUUCUGUGUACAGAGACCAUUGUAGAAACUAUCCUGUUAUAUUUGCAAGAUAAAAAUAUAGCUGGUAGUUUGAAAGAAAUUCACCUGGUGAGCAAUGAGGAGCCUACUGUUGCUGCCUUUAAACUUUCUUCAGAAGCCCUUCUAGGGAGGAAUGAGCUGGGACCAUGGUUGAGUCAAGAAUCCACCCUUCCUUCUAAUACAAUAGUCAUGAAUACCCUGACUCUCCACAUUGUCCAGGGCCAAAUUGAACUGCAGAAGACAGAUGUAAUUGUUAAUUCUGUAAACCCAGCGGAUAUUAGAGUUGGACCUGUGGCGGGAUCCAUUCUACAACAAGCAGGAGCUGAAAUGGAACGGGAAUUUAUUGACAAAAAGGCUAAAUUGCUUCUCGAUUCCCAGUUCAUACUGGUCACAAAAGGAUUUAAUUUGUGUUGUCAAUACGUAUAUCAUGUACUGUGGCAUGCUGAUCCUAAAUUUCUGUUUCUUCUACAGACAUUGAAAAAUGCGAUGAAGCAGUGUUUGGAAACAUGCAUUGAACUAAAUAUAACUUCCAUUUCUUUCCCUGCACUUGGGACUGGAAGUAUGAGUAUAGGGAAGCAAACAGCAGCAGAGAUUAUGUUUGAUGAAGUUUUAAUAUUUGCCAAAGACCAUCCAAAAAAACAAUUAACCAUAAGGUUUGUGAUCUUUCCAACAGAUCUGGAGACAUAUAAGGUGUUCAGUGCUGAAAUGGUAAAGAAGACCAAAAUGCUGGGUCUUCACAAUCAUAAUGGUCCCCAGUCGACCAGAGUGGAGAAAAGAGAAAAUGGGUUUGAAGCUAAGUCUCCUGCCAUCAAGCUGACAGGAUUCAACAAGGAAAAGCUAUGUGAGGCCCAUGCGUGGAUCCAAAGAAUACUGAGCCUCCAGGAUUGCCACACCAUUGAAAAUAAUAAUAUUCUGUACCUUGGGAAAAAGGAACAUGACAUUUUGUCUCAGUUUCAGGAAACCUUUAGUGUCUCCAUCUCAGAAAUUACCAGCCUGGGAAAGACAAGUUUAGAGAUUAAAGGAGCCCAGGCUAACCUCACUGAGGUUGUUAUGAACAUUGAAAAUAUGCUGUGUGAAGUACAGGAGGAAGUGGCAAGAAAAAAGGAGCAAGAACUUUGGAGAUUUUUAGGACAAUGGACUGAUCAGCAACCUAAAACCCCAGAUGAAAUGAAAGAAAGGAUCAUGUUUCUGAGGAGUCCAGUGACUUUAACUCAAGAAUAUCACGAUCAAAAGAGAGAGUUUGAAAAAUGUGGUUUGCAGGUUAUAAAGACAGAGAAGAUAGAAAAUAAGGCUCUUAUGGCUGCCUUCCAAAGAAAGAAGAAAAUAAUGGCAGGAGGAUCGCACAAGGAACCCGUGAGCCACGUGCUGUUUCAGCAAGUGCCAUACCAGUUCUGCGAUUUGGUAUGCAGAGUUGGCUUUCAAAGAACGUAUGCAGAGCCCUGCGACCCAAAAUAUGGAGUUGGCAUUUACUUCACCAAGAGCCUCAAAAACCUAGCAGACAAGGUCAAGAAAACCUCUGCCACACAUAAGAUGAUCUAUGUGUUUGAGGCCGAAGUACUCAUAGGCUCCUUCUGCCAGGGUCAUCACUUAAGUAUUAUCCCCCCACCAUUGAGUCCUGGAGCCAUAGAUGGUCAUGACAGUGUAGUUGACAAUGUCUCCAAACCUGAAACCUUCGUAAUUUUUAGUGGCAUGCAGGCUAUUCCCAGAUAUUUGUGGACUUGCACCCAAGAUCAUGUUCGGUCACAGAAUUACUUAUCAGGACCAUUGAUACCCUUUUCACAGAAGCCUUGAGGAAACUUCACAAGUGGCAGCCCUGUUGAUUAAUCUUCAUAUCAUCUUAACAACUGGCAUGGCCUUACUUGAGGGCACUAACCAAAUAACGACCAUCACUGGCUCAAAAAAUGGUUUGAAUAUAUCAGAUGGGUUAUCUGUAUAGACUGACUGGGUUACUGAAGGUACCAACCACAUACUAGCAUCUUAAUGCCUUCAUCUUUAUUUCUUGGAGUUGGGGGCAUAGGUACCAACUAAAACACUUUUAAGACCA